GGGGGCUAAGUCUCCAUUCCGCGCUGUGUGCCAGCUCUGGAGAAGAGAGGGAUAGACACAGGAGGGGAGGGAGGAAAGCAGAGUCUGAGCCCAAACAAAAGCAGGACACCGAGCUGUGUAGAACUUCCCUGGCCCGGUACAGACCCCACCCUCCCGCGGAACCGCCGUGCCUGGAUACUGUACCUUUUCUUCUUGACUAGGACGGAUUCCUGGCGCCCUGGGAUUAACAGGAGGGAGCCACAACAAAGGCAGGAGAGAGAAGAACAAUAAGAGUUCCCUGUGCGCUGCACAACACAGGCACAGGGUGCUGCAGAGCGGGGCUUGCUCCUGGAAAUGGAUGAUCAGCCCAGGUUGAUGCACAGCCACCCCGGGGUGGGGAUGGCGGGACACCCCAGUCUGUCCCAACACAUGCAGGAUGGCACAGGAGCCAACGAAGGGGAGGGGGGCAGGAAGCAGGACAUUGGGGAUAUAUUACAGCAGAUCAUGACCAUCACUGACCAGAGUCUGGAUGAGGCACAGGCCAGAAAACACGCUUUGAACUGCCACAGAAUGAAGCCUGCGCUAUUCAAUGUAUUAUGUGAAAUUAAGGAGAAAACAGUUCUGAGUAUUCGGGGAGCACAAGAAGAGGAGCCUGCAGACCCCCAGCUAAUGCGGCUAGAUAACAUGCUGCUGGCAGAGGGCGUUGCAGGCCCAGAAAAGGGAGGAGGGUCAGCGGCAGCAGCAGCCGCAGCCGCAGCAUCAGGUGGAGCUGGAGCUGACAACUCAGCUGAACAUUCUGACUACAGAGCAAAACUAUCCCAAAUAAGACAGAUCUAUCACACAGAGCUGGAGAAAUAUGAACAGGCUUGUAAUGAGUUCACCACUCACGUAAUGAAUCUUCUCAGAGAACAGAGCAGAACCCGACCCAUUUCCCCGAAAGAGAUUGAACGUAUGGUGUCAAUUAUCCACAGGAAAUUUAGCUCAAUACAAAUGCAGCUGAAACAGAGCACGUGUGAAGCUGUCAUGAUCCUGCGCUCACGCUUCCUGGAUGCACGGCGAAAAAGAAGAAAUUUCAACAAGCAAGCCACAGAAAUUUUGAAUGAGUAUUUCUAUUCCCACCUCAGCAACCCAUACCCUAGCGAGGAGGCCAAAGAGGAACUAGCCAAGAAGUGUGCCAUUACAGUGUCACAGGUAUCAAACUGGUUCGGAAAUAAGCGAAUCCGCUAUAAGAAGAACAUAGGUAAAUUUCAAGAGGAAGCCAAUAUUUAUGCUGCCAAAACGGCCGUGAAUGCUACCAAUGUGUCAGUUCACGGAAGUCAAGCCAAUUCGCCCUCAACUCCCAGUUCUGCUGGAAGCAAACAGACGGAGCGUGGGGCAGUUCAACCACAAAACAAAAUGCAGUUCCUGUCACCGCAGAACCUCGGUUCUUCCAGUUCUUUUAACAUGUCAAACUCUGGAGAUUUGUUCAUGAGCGUGCAGUCUCUCAAUGGGGAUUCUUAUCAAGGUGCCCAGGUUGGAGCCAACGUACAGUCACAGGUGGAUACCCUUCGCCAUGUUAUCAGUCAGACAGGCGGAUACAGUGAGACUCUGACAGCGAAUCAGAUGUACAGUCCGCAGGGCAUCAGUGCUAAUGGGGGGUGGCAGGAUGCAGCUACCCCUUCUUCUGUGACUUCCCCAACAGAAGGACCUGGCAGUGUCCACUCUGAUACCUCUAACUGAGUUGCAGGCUCCUACAUCAUCAUCAUCAUUCUCAAAAGCCAGAUUCCAUCCCUUCCCUCUCACUCCAGAUGGCCACUGUGGGAAUGCAGAAAACAGCAGCCUCAUCUGACAUGCCCAUCAGCACUCCCUUCACUGUCAAUCAUGAUCUUCUUCUUUCUCCAUGCCUUGCUCAGUUUGCGUUAAUGAAUGAUUCAGAAGUACUGACACCAUAUAAGGACGUUUGAAUUAUGUGAAAAGAAACUAAAACAAGAGGAAAUUGGAUGUGGGUAGGGAGCAGGAUCCAUGUGGUGAUUUAAAAUUGGCUGCACAUUUGCACGAAAUCAGCCAUCUUUAAAUAAGCUGCAGAACUUUAUUUGCAUACAAAGAAAUCACAUACUGUAUGUCCAUCCUUGGAAAAGUAUUUUUUUACUUCAGUCUGGCAUACUGAUACUCCACAAACCACCUGAGCCUACACAGGAGCACCCUAUUAGAUUAAAGCAUUUCAUGAAGAACCUGCCUUCUACUUAUUUUUGAAAAACUUCCCUUUUUGGAUCUGUUCAUAUAUCUCAGUUCAUUAAUAGAUGGAGCCUUGAACUCUGCACCAUGUAUGUCCUGGGGUCACUCUUGAAUGUUUAACCUCUUCACCUCUUACAGUCUUACCUACUGCACCACUCAUGUAGUGGCCACAUGUAAUAACAGUGAAGUUAUGAGGAAUAAGGCCUAGAUUUUGCUACAUAGAUAGGAUGCACCGAACACCACUUGGAGGUAAUCUGCUGGCAGUAACUACGUGCGUGAUGGGGGUGAAGAGGUUGCCUACUUUAGAGGUUUCCUGCUUUAAUACUAUUGGCAGCUGGUCCAGUUGUGGAUAAAGAUGCUACUGAGCUCCCUGCUAAGACAUCAAUCAAGCAGACCUCAUUACAUCUCUUCAGCUGCACUCUGCCUCCCAGGUCCUAGUCUCUGUUCCACAGUAUCCUUCAACAUACAAGGUUUAAUGCAGAUUUUUUAUUUCUAUUUUGAAUUGACUUCAUAAAUAUUGCCCCCUUUUCUGGACAUUGCUUUUUUCCCCAUCACAUUUCUAAUUACUAAAAUGAGGCCAAAGCCCCAUUUCUUCUAUUAGAAAUCAAUCCAUGCCUUUUUUAUGAUGCUUUCCAUAUAUCCUUAUCCAGAAAUUACUAGGCCACUCACCCAGCCCUGAAACUUUUGCCUGUUGUAUAAUUAUUAUGCUGUACCUAAACAUAGUUCUUAAUACACAAUUUCCUUCCCUCUGUUUCAUUUUUGAAACAUCACUCUGCACAUAACCGAGGUACAUUCUGCUGUGACAUUGAUGCCUAUAAAUGGCCUUUUCCUUUAUUUUACCACUCCUGCCAAGGAACUGACCCCAUGGACAUCACUCUGUGCCACCCUCCUUAAUAUUCUUCACUUGUUCAUCAUUAUUUUGACCUUGGUAAAUCGUCCUGGCUGGCAGCUUUCAAAGGCACCCACAAGGUGUGUCAGAAAUCCAUGUUUGAUACCAAAAAUCUGCACAUACUCGCACAGAGGAAAAACGGACACAGAGGGAAGUGUUCAGCUUUAUUAACAUUCACAUAACUUGUGUAUCAUUGAUUGUUAUAUUUGGGAUAAACAUUUGAUGCUGGAUGUUCUUGUAUAUUCUGAAGAAAAAAAAAAGAAUUGACAAAAAAAAAUGGAAAAAAAGAAGGAAAAAACCAUCAAAAGCCAAAAAAUCUUGGGUUUACUAAUGUUUAUUACAUUAAAAAAUUGCCCCCUAAAAAAGAAAAAAAAAAUUAAGUUGCAGAGAUCACACCCAUUUAGCAUGGAAAUAGGUUGCUGAUUUCUAUUUUUUGUCUUUCAUAUUUCUUGCUUAAGUUUAACACAUACACACACACACAAAACCAGAACUACCUACAUGUGAUUUUAUUUUAUUCUUUUAACACCACGCGUUUGUGAGUUAACACAAUGCUAGAGAAAUGUAGUUGGGCACCUUUUACUUUUUGUUAAUUUUUAUUUUCUAUAGGGUGGGAAAGGGGACGGGCACAGGGUUUAGGAUGGAUUUGGGGGAAAGGGUAGGGCAGUUUCCAGGUUCGACCCCUUUACAAGCAGAGGAGUCUACAAUGUAUACUGUAUAUUCACCUCUCAUAGUAAGGGGGGGGGGUUACUAAAGCAGGCUUAAAAAUUCUGCUAGCUGAAUUCAUUUUGUAAACUAAAUUUAAAAAAUUUUAAAAAGUAUGAAAAAAUGUUGGAAAAAGUUGGAAUAGUCAAACAAUUAUAGGUACAUCAUAAAAUGUACAUUUAAUAACUUUUCUGAGAACGAGAAAUAAAUUCUUUUUUUCCUGUU